AUGAACGCACGGAAGCCACGAACCAAGUCGAAGAACUUCUCAAGUGAAGUGACGUCACGGCUCCUUGACCUCGUCGAGGAGCUCAAGCCUUUUGGGGGCAACAUGUGGGAGCGCAUGGCGUUUGAGUACAAUCGCACGGACCCAUCCGCUUGGCCGGAGCGCGAUGGAGUCAGCCUGAAGCGAAGAUUCCAAGGUUUAAACAACAAGACGAAGCCAACCGGGACGUCCUAUUGCCCGCCUGACGUCGAGCGUGCGAAACUACUUGGCAAUCCAGACCAAGCAAAGCUCGCAGCUGCGACCGAUGUCGCACAGGCCGCAGAUCUAUUUUUAUCAAUUUGGAUAAAAAUGGAAGGUGAUGCUCAUGCUCGGGAUUCCGAGUGGAAGAAGGAGCAGGCCGAACUGCGCCGCCAAGAGAUUUUGGAGCGCGAAGAAUCGAAGAAGGAGCAGGCCGAGCAACGUCGUCGUGAUGACGAAACACGACGUCAAGAGCUGAAGGCCCGUGAGGAGCGCGAACGCGAAGCUCGCAAGCGUGAACAGCAACACGAACUUGUCAUGAUGUCGUUCAUGGCAAAAUUGUUAGGGAAUUCAAACUAA